AUCUCCUGCAGAGAUGUGUCGAAACAAGUCCAACCCUACAGCAAUGGGCCACAAACGAGUAUGGUGGCAGUCGAUAACGUCGCGGGCGGUACAGAGGAUUGUGUUCGGAAAGCACAAUGCGGUCGGUCCCAAUCGGGAUCAAGGUUCGCUCUAGCAGCGACAGUUCCGGAGGGUGCAGCCGAUUCUAGGAGGCAGAGAUCCUGUGGGGAUCACGGGUCGGCAAGCCUUCCGAAGCGCAACCCGUCGCACGCUGCCCAUUUGGCAAAGUAUUUCGGUCCCGUUUUCCCAGGCCAUAUGGGCAAGCGACGGAAAAUUGCGAGUUUACGGGACCAAGAUGGCCACGAAACGGUCAAGCUCGUCAAUGCCACCGCCGACUGUCCUAUUUCGUUUUGUGGCAGUCUCCUCGAGAAAGAUCGGUGGCAUUAUUCCAAAGGGUGGUCGCCCUUCUAUCAGCUCGAGUUUGUGAUGAAGCCACGACUUUGCGAUAUCAGGUUUCGGCCUGAACGCAUGGAUCAGUGCAGAGGAAUCGUCUUCUUUCACGCAAUUUCGAUUCCCUUCGGCCCAACUGGACUUGGACGUUCUUCCGAGAUUGCAGUUCUUCGACGUCAUUGGGCGAUACGGCUCUCCGCGGACACCACACUACUGGACUUCGAUGUUACUCUGGUACCACCCGAUAUGCAGCAUAGCCUCAGAUGUGCUGCUUUACGGCGACUGACCGGUGGCAAGAUUCACAUUGUCGAAGCGUCGUUUAUGGAAAGAAGAGACGUCCGCUCGGGAGGAGGUUCCAGUGCGAGGACGAGGACGGACGACAAACAUUUUUAG